AACGCGCCGGAAGUGUAUUUGCAGAGUGCGACAAAGCGGGGAACGCUGGUGGGCCUGUUGCGGAGUACGCUUUGGAGUGAGAAGCUUCGCGGCUGUAGCACGCAGCUGUUGCCAUGACGGCCCAGGGGGGUCUGGUGGCUAACCGAGGCCGGCGCUUCAAGUGGGCCAUUGAGCUAAGCGGGCCUGGAGGAGGCAGCCGGGGUCGAAGUGACCGGGGCAGUGGCCAGGGAGACUCUCUCUACCCAGUCGGUUACUUGGACAAGCAAGUGCCUGAUACCAGCGUGCAAGAGACAGAUCGGAUCCUGGUGGAGAAGCGCUGCUGGGACAUCGCCUUGGGUCCCCUCAAACAGAUUCCCAUGAACCUCUUCAUCAUGUACAUGGCAGGCAAUACUAUCUCCAUCUUCCCUACUAUGAUGGUGUGUAUGAUGGCCUGGCGACCCAUUCAGGCACUUAUGGCCAUUUCAGCCAAGAAUGGAGUUCAGUGGUGGAGGACUGCUUUUGUGAACAUGAGAAAGCAGCGCCUGGUCCCUAUGUAUUUGGGUCUUAUUACAUCGUUCUUUAAGCCCAGUGGCUCCUCAGCAUACUCUUAAUCACUUAUGUUAAAAAGAACCAAAAGGCUCUUUUCUUCAUGGUGGGGUGACAGGUCCUAGAAGGACAAUGUGCAUAUUACUACAAACACAAAGAAACUAUACCACAACCCAUGACUGAAAAUAAUGUAGAAAACUUUAUUUAUGUUUCCAGUACAGAGCAAAACAACAAAUAAAAUCGUAACUAUGUAAACGAGAAUAAUUGCUGCUAAAUCAAAACUGUCGCAGCAUCUCCUUUCAAUAAAUUAAAUGGUUGAGAACAAUGUGUAAAAAAAAGUUGCACAAGUUCCCUUAAAUCUAUUUUCCUUAAUAUUUCACUUCUAUUUAAAACAAGCUGGGACAUAAAAAUUUUGUUGGAGACACUUGGGGAAGAUGUGAGAAACUAAUGCUGGAUUCAGCUUAUACAUGAUGAAAAGAAAAAUAAACCAGACAAAAGGAGCACAUAAAUACG